GUCGAAGCAGACGCUGCACCGGCGGAUGUAGAUGAUACACCGCCCGAGGAGAACACUGAAGCCCCCAGCAAUGGUAUGCCUGAUGUUGAUCUCAGUUCCCAAAGUCAGCUGACCUUACACUUAGAGGAUGACUUCAUAGAAUGUGACCCUACUGCAAAAGAUGACAAUGUCGAAGCCGAAAAAGGAGAAGCCGAACAACAAGCGGCUGAAGACGCCAAAUCCGGGGAUGAGGAAACGCCAGCGGAAGCAACGACGGCCGACUUGAUCGACGUAGAUAAGGACGGGGAGAACGCAACAGAACAGCCACCGGCAGACAGUAAAGAGGGCGAGGCUGAGCCCCCUGCUGAGCCCCCUACCAACGACGAGGGCACCGAAGCCAACAGCGGCGAUGCAUCGCCCGAAGAACCGGUCGCAGAUGCGGAGGAGGCUCAAGAGCAUGAGGCUGAAGCACAACCCGAGCCUGCGCCAGAACCCACGGAAACUCCUGUCGCCCCAGAAGGACAGGAGAAUCAAACUCCAGAGGAACAACCUGGUCCCGACAUCACAGAAACUGUGGAUGAAGCACCAGCAGACGAGGGAACGCCAGAUUCGACAGAAGAUUUAGCGGCGGACAAUGCCAACGUUGAACCCGAAGCGGAGCCAGCAAAUGCAACUGAAGAGGCACCGGAAGAACCGGCCGCUGCGCCCGAAGAGUCACCUGAAGAGGCCGCACAGCCUGAAACAACCGAUGAGGCCUCAGCAGAAGUUGACUCCGGCGAAGCGCCAGCCGAAGAGUCUACCGAAACACCUGUAGCUGAAGAAGAUUCUGCUGAGACACCUACCGAGACACCCGCCGAGACACCUGCUGAGGAAGCCGCUGUCGUGGAAGAACCCGCCGGAGAAAGUGUUGCAGAAGGACCUCCGGCUGAAGAGCCCACCGCGGAUGAUACAACAGACGUACCGGCUGAGGAAACUACAGAAGCAGCAGAACCUGCAUCAGAACCCGCCGCGGAGGAGGCAGCAAGCGAGGAGGUAUCUCCUGAGGAAGCCACGACUUCGGAGUCAGUCGAAGAGCCUACCGAUGAAACUCCAGCGGCAGCGGAGACUACUCCGGAAGCAGCAAGCGAGGAUGAACCGGUAGAUGUUCAAGAGCCAGCUGGCGAAAAGCCGACCGCGGAAGUAGUUGCAGAGGAGCCUCCCGCGGAGGCCGCAGCAGAAGAAGUCCCGGCCGCUGAGGCCGCAGUCGAAGAAGCGACUCCGAACGAAGAUGCCGAGGGAGCCGCACCGGACUCCGAGGAGUCUCCUGCUGAUCUCGCCGAGGAUGCGCCAACAGAAGAGCUAGUUCAUGUCGAAGAACCCGAGCAAGUAACAGAAGAAGCGGCCCCUGAAGAGACACCAUCGACUGAGGAAGUGCCAGCAGAAGAGGGUGUCGGUGAAGUUCCUGAAGACGCUCCCGCCGAAGAGCCGGCCACAGAAGCGGUGCCCGAAGAAUCCGCUCCUGCAGAAGAACCUAUCGCUGAAGAACCUGCAGCCCCAGAUGAGACACCUCCUGAACCUGCGCCUGAGACUGCCCCAGUUGAAGAGUCUGCUCCAGUAGAGGCCGCUGCUGAAGAGGAAGUUCCUGCUGAGGAGCCUAUCGCCGACGAGCCCGCUGCUUCUGAAGAGCCCGCGAUUGAGGAACCUGCUGCUGUUGUUGAACCUGAAGCCGAGGCUACCGUUGAAGAAUCAGUACCGGCUGAGGAUCCUGCACCCGUCGAAGAAGCUGUCGAGGUGCCCGCCACCGAGGAACCUGUUACCGUUGAAGAGCCAGCCGCCGCUGAGGAACCCGUCGCCGACGAGCCUGUCAUUGAAGAGCCCGCUGCCGAAGAGCCUUCCCCUAUCGAAGAGCCUGCCCCGGUGGAAGAAACUGUCGAGGAGCCCGCCGCCGAGGAGCCCGCACCAGCUGAAGAAGAGCAAAUUUCGGUUGAAGAACCUGCUCCCGAGGAGAACACUGCCGCUGAAGAACAACCGCCGGCAGAAGAGUCUUCGUCUGUGGAAGAGGUUCCCGCUGAACGAGCUGUUGACGAACCCGCUCCAGUGGAAGAACCCGCUCUAGUAGAUGAGCCUGCCGCAGAGCAAGAGCCUGAAGUAGAAGAAGCUACCCCUGCUGAAGAACCCGCUGUGGUCGAAGAACCUGCUACAGCGGAAGAGGCUAUUCCUACUGCAGAAGAGCCUGCCCCGGUGGAGGAGCCUGAAGAACCUGCUCCAGCGGAAGAAGCUACUCCUGCUGUGGAAGAGCCUGCUACUGUAGAAGAGCCUGCCGCCGUGGAGGAACCUGCUGCUGCAGAAGAGCCCGUUGCGGAGGAGGCUGCUGUGGCAGUCGCCGCCCCGGCUGAAGAGCCUGCUGCCUUGGAAGAGCCCGCUCCUGCUGAAGAGCAGGCUGCCGCUGAAGACCCCGCUGCUGUUGAAGUACCCGCAGAAGAUAUAGCUCCUGCUGAGAGAGCCGUUUCUACCGAGCCAUCAGAAGUCGCAGCACUCCCGCCGGAAGAACAAGGCGAAAGCGAAGGAUAUGAAGCAGAUCCGAGCUCAGAGCCGUCAGAAGGAACCGAGGCUAAUGGUUCUUCAAGAGGUGAGAUUCUAGGCGGAGCCAUAGCCGGGGCCACAGCCGCCGCCGCCGUCACCGCAGCUGUCCACCGUAAAGAUUCACAAAGGAAGCACAGAAGAUCACCCGACGCCGACUAUGAUCGGAAGGAGUCUAGGAGCUCUUCUGAUGGUCAUCGCUCACAAAGGCGAAAGGGUGAACGUAUUAGUAUCAUGGGGCGAUGGGCACAAGCUUUACAGGACUCCAAGAAGAUGCACGAAGAGAAGCAGAAGCAAAAGAUUCAGGUCAUCGAGAAAGAGCGUCGCUCUUCGGACCGUGGAAGUGAGAGGGAAAAGGACAGGCAGCGGGAGCGUGACCGGGAUCGCGACGAGCGGAAACGGGAACGGGAACGAGAGUACGAACGCCAACGUGAGCUCGAGCGUGAGCGCGAGCGCGAACAAAGACGGCAAGAACGCGCGCGCAGACAACAAGAACAAGAGCGUCUGCAACAAGAGCAAGAGCGCAAACAACAAGAGCAAGAGCGCAAACAACAAGAGCGUGAACGCAGACACCGAGAGCGCGAGCGCGAACAACGUGAACAACUUGAACGGGAGCGGGAGCGAGAACGCGCAAAGCGCUCUGAGCGAAGCGCAAGAUCAAGGAACUUGGAACAAUCCGAACGAUCUUUGAGCGGAAAAGAGAGCGCACCCACCAGGUCACACCCACGGUCAGAUCACUCUGGAAGCCAGGACCGCGAGCGCAAGAGCAGCUCUUCGUCGCGCCACACCCAGUCCACAGAACCCAAGCCUCGCUUCUUCCUGAAGUAUAUGGAGGGUCAGUCAGACACCAAUGGUCCACUUCUGAAGAUCAACGCUGCCAAGGCCUCCGCUAACGUCUACAAAGACCGUGAGAGAAGGUCCUCCUCCCACCAGAGUCAACGUCAAUCGCAAGACGGCAAGAGCAGCAGUGAGCGCUCCAGUCGACCACGUCCCGAGGACGACGAAGAAGCUCGAGCUCGGCGUGAAGCUCGCAAAGAGCGCAAGAGGAUGGAGAUGGAGCAGGAAGCAAGGGCAAGGGAAGAACCCGAGCAACGUCGCCAUCACCGUAGUAGCGGAGAACAUCGCCAUCGUCAUCACAGACAUCGACGUGAGCCGUCUCCACCACCCAGUGGACCUUCCAAGCUGAAGACUCUCUUGGGUGCGAUUGCUGCCCACUGAUGAUAGCUUGCUUGGGAAACCAAACUUAUUACCCUUGUGGUAAUGCUGACCCUUCGCUUUCUUCCUUCCCCCUGUCAGUUCGAUGUAUUUAUUUAUAUUCUGUUUUCUUUUGGCUAAUUUUCUUUGCCAUUUUUGCGCAGCAGAUUCACAGCAUGCAUGCAUCAGCGGGAAUAGCAUAUGGUUCGG